AUGGCCUGCCAUCGCGCGGGGCUGCUGGCCAUGCUGAUCUUGGCAGGCUUUGGCCUGCAGGGCUGCAAGAACCUGAAGGAGAUUGAGCCUCCGGAGACAGUGCUGUCCUUGCCGCCUCCCGUGACGCCAAUCCCGCUCGCGGUGCUCCCGGUAGUCACGCCGGCUCCGGUGAGCUUGCAGCCACUCCCGCCAUUGCCGCCAAUACAGCCGGCCCAAGUCGCUCCAGAGCAGCCUGCUGCGGCUCUGUCAGCGGCAGUUGCGCAACCCCGGCUGGUCGUGUGGAACAACUGCUCUACACUGCCAAUUUGGAUCGCUUCGUCCGGAAAUGUUCCGCCUCCGGCAACUCGAAAUGUCAGGAUCCUUCCGGGACAAAGUUAUUCUUUCUACAUCCCCAAUGCUGGGUUGAGUUCUACUCGCUUCUGGCCGAAAGCAUGGUGUGAUGACCUCGGCCAGAAAUGUACUUUAGGCUCCAGUGGAGGUGAUGGCCAAGACUGCCCAGCUGGCGGCUGUGCUCCUCCAAUAGAUUCCAAGUUCGAGGCAAGCUUUGGCGCCGUCGGGGUGGAUUGCGCCAAAGAUAACAAGGGGUGCGACUGGUGGGACACAAGCGCUGUUGAUGGAUAUUCGCUGCCUUUCAAGCUGGAAGUCGACAGUCAGUGUCCGCAGGCCAAGAAGAUUGACUGCUUGGGUCUAUCUUUUGCAGAAUGUCCAGCGGUUGAAUGGCUGGGAAAAAGUGUCGGGAACCAGGACCUUCGCGUCGUGGACCACGUGUCUUCUAAGGUUGUAGGAUGCUAUUCGCCCUGUGGCAAGCUUACAUACUCGAACUGGGGCAACAAAGUUGGUCAGCAUGCACCCGACAGUGACGUUGCGAAAAUGUAUUGCUGUCCGACACCACCUGUGAGCCCGCAACAGUGCAGGGCAGGUCCCGUGGAGCAGAGUGCCUUUGUCAAUUUGAUCCACCAGAAGUGCAAGAAUGUUUAUGGCUACGCAUAUGAUGACGCCGCAGCUUGGCACAUUGUGGAAACUUUUCAGAAUGCGCUCAUUGAAAGGCUCUUGCACUCCAGUCCUCGGCUUUUCGCGAAAGCGUGCGAAGGGUUUCUCCAUGGAGGUGGUUGCUACAGGACGGAUUGA